CCGCAUCCGAUCAUGAGGCCGUAACUCGCUGUUAUCUUUUCUGCCGUCUUUGUUUCUUCUUGCGGUGCUUUUAGGCAAUAUAUCGACAUAAUGGGUGAGCGGGUGAUCGAGCCUGUCGAAUUGGGAUCCAAUCUCAAGCUGCCACCCAAGCCAGCAUAUGUGCGACAACGGCCACGAUGGUGGCAGCCUGUAAACCUCACAGCUUUGGUUCUGCUCAUGAUAGGCCUCAUCUUCUAUCGAUCACAUCAUGGCACAGGGGAUGCGCCUCGGUUCUCUACGAGCGAAAACGGCCAGAGUUCUAGCUGGGCUUCUCACCGGCAGACAGAUGAACAAGACUGGAGUAUGAUCGAGCCAAGCCCAGAGUUGCACUGGCAUUCUUGCUACGAUGGCGCAUAUGACUGUGCUCGCCUUGACUUGCCCAUGGAUUGGCUAGAUCCCACUGACGAGGAUCGCGUAGUCAUAGCUAUUAUGCGACUCCGUGCAACCGAGACAGAUGACUACCGCGGACCUGUCAUCUUCAAUCCCGGCGGGCCGGGAGGAAGUGGUAUUUGGUCCCUCAGAGACCAUGGGGCAAGUUUACAAACCAUCAUCGGCCGAAACUAUGACCUGAUAUCCUUCGACCCCCGCGGCAUCGGAGCUACAAUGCCGAGGAUUGAGUGUUGGGACACCGCGGAGCAGAGACAGCUAUGGGAUCUGCUGGAUCCUGGUGUGGUAGAUGCACAUCCUGGUACUGUCUACGAUAUAUACGCUCGCGCAGUAGCUUACUCCCAAGCGUGCGAGUCGCAUAUGAUGAACAAAUCAAAUAUCCUACGCCAUGUGGGCACAGCAUCUCAUGCUAGAGAUAUGCUCGAGAUUAUGCAUAAACUAGGCCAGGAGAAACUCAAGUAUUGGGGUUUCAGUUACGGCACGGUACUCGGCGGUGUCUUUGCAGCUAUGUAUCCAGAUAAAGUAGAGAGACUUGUUAGCGAUGGCAAUGUCGACAUUCGAGAAUGGCAUUACCAAGACCGCAUCAACUUCUUACGAGAUACGGACAAGGUAAUGGACGUCUUCUAUGAAUUUUGUCAUAAAGCUGGGCCAAUGGGGUGCGACUUUUGGGCCGAGACACCUGAGUUGAUCAAACAACGCCGAGAGAAUCUGCUAGAGAGUAUUCGCAAACACCCGAUCGUCGUACCAGCGGAUGGAUCACUUGAAACUCCUGGCCCAGUCAUGCCGCACCUUAUAACUUGGUCACAUAUUCGCCGACUCACAUCUGCUGCAUUGUACCAACCGAUUUAUAAGUUCAAGGACUACGCGACAGUGUUGGCAGCCUUGGAAGCUGGAGACGGGCGUCCAUUUUACACCAUGAGGCCGUACGAACCUGAAGGACCUUCGCCGUCUCUUUGCUAUCCGGAGACUAUUCCGUCUAAUGUACCUCACCUAGAGGAAGUAAACGGCGAAGCGACUGCACCGAUUGAGUGUUCCGAUGCGAUACCCUGGAACGGAACAGUAGACGACUUCGUCGACCUUACGAGACAACUUCGAGGAAUCAGCCACGCUAAUGGGGACGUCUUCGCGCUCUUUCGCACCCAGUGCAUAGGCAGAACCAUACGGCCUAAAUGGCGUUUUGACGGCCCAUUUGAAGGAAAUACUAGUUUCCCGAUUCUCUAUGUGAAUAAUAUCGCCGACAACGUCACUCCUCUAGUAUCGGCGAGGAGCAAUUCUGCAGGGUUCCCCGGAUCUGUUGUUCUAGUUCAGAACGCCUACGGGCAUUCUACUCUGGCCGCAUCGUCGACAUGUACCGCCAAUUACAUUCGUGGCUAUUUCCAGAACGGCACACUCCCCGAACCUGGGACGGUCUGUGAGCCGGAUUACUCUCCAUUCCAGGACACCAGUGCAAUUGAAAAAGACGAAUUGGUUAUAGCGCUUGAGAAGCUGUCAACAGUUCGUCGCGGGUUCCCCUUGAGUUUGAAGAUCUGAUUCAAGCACGACAGAUAAGCGUCAUAAUACCCCUCCCCUAUUCAGUUACUGGUCUCCGGCUAUGAACAUUCACAUACUUCC